AUGGAUGGAGAUGAAUGUGUAAUAUGCUACGACCACUACACGGUAGGAAUAGUAACAGAGUGUGGGCAUAGGUGCUGCUUGAAGUGCGGGCUAAGAUACAAAUUUAUAAGCAACAAGUCAGGAUGCCCUAUAUGUCUCAGAGAAAUACGCGAUGACGAGAUGAAGUUUAAAGUCACAAAAAACAAAAACGAAAAGUUUAGACAAACAGAAGACUCCUAUCUCUGGGCCAACUGCAUAGUCUGUGACCCAGAUGAAAUAGAUGAAAUAGAAGAGCUAAUGACCAGAUCCUGCCAGCUGUGCAAGACAGAGUUCUACGACAACCAGACACUGAUGAAGCACUACUCCGCAAAGCACAAAAGACACCUUUGCGAGCUGUGUGUUGAGCACAGGUGCGAGUUCCCGUUUGAGUACGUGAUCUACAGUAUAGCCGAGCUCAAUGCGCACAGAACCGAAAAAACAAUAGGGAACGGACACCCGAUGUGCGGGUUCUGCCGAGAAAGAUUCUACACUGCAGACAUGCUGGCUAAGCACUGCAGGAAGGCGCACGAGCUGUGCUAUCUCUGCGAAAGGCUGGGGAAAAAGAACGAAUACUACAAAAACUACUCCGAGCUUGAAAAUCAUUUCAAGAAAGUGCACUACACGUGCAGUGAAAGAAUGUGUCUGGACGCACGGUGCUAUGCGUUUAUAGACGAGGUAGAGCUGGCUGCACACAAAGCAUCGCUGCAUCCGACAAAAAAAGAGCACAAAAUCAGAAUACAGGGACCAUCACAAGCCAAUAGAAAAAUAACGGAAAAAAAGCCAGUCACUCCGCCAGAAGAGGAAGCUGCACCAGAGCCUCCAAAGCACUUGAAUAGAAGCGAGCUCCUGAGAAGCAGAGAUAUGAAGAGCAAAUACACAAACCUCAUCAAGAGAAACUAUGCAUCACCAGACGAAGUGGCAAAGCUAACAGCAGAGUAUGACGAGCUGGCAAUCGAACUGGACGAGUACGCUGCUAGAAUUCGAGAGCUACUGGGGGAUAAAAAAACAGUUGAGUUUAUAGAAAGAAUAUCGACGUAUUUACUGCCAGACAGAACAGAAGACAUAAAGAAAAACUUUCCAAAAAUCAAAAGAGCAAUUGAGUUUGCACCGAUUAAGAUGGAGCCCAAAAAGGAAAAAGAACAAAAACAAACAGCGCAGACAAAGAAAGAGGAGCCAAAGAGCGUGGAGGAGUCCUGUGCAAAAAUACCAGAGGCUCCCAAGCCUCCUGCGAAUGUAAAGCUCAGCUGGUCAUCGGCGCUCACUAAGUCGGCAUGGAACAACAAGCCAGGACAGGCUGUGGUAAAGCCCAUCCAUGUUUCCAACCUUGAAAUCAAACUGCCUGCUGCCCGGCCAAAAGAGCCAAAAAAGGAAGAGAAAGAAGGAAAGAAGAAGCACAGAACUUUUGUGAUUGAAUAG